CACUUCCACAAGGUGUCUGAAAUGGGCAAGAGGGAGGAGGGAGGGUGGUUUGUUCAGUGUGCAGAGUUUGCUGUGGUUUCACUCCUUCAUCUUCUUGAAGGAGCUCAACCUCCAUUUCAGACUGAGCAUCUUCCUCCUCCUCCUCCCUCUCCUCCUCCUCUUCCUCCUCCUGAACCGGACAGACCGGUGCAGACUCAUUGGACUUCUCUUUAUUUGGCUUAUUUUUUUUUUUUUGUUAAAUGUUAUAAUAUCAUUAUCAUCUUCAUCUUCAUCCAUCCUCUUGUUGGCCACUUCAUCAUUUCAUUCACUUAUUUGGCAGCUGCGGUCCAGUGAGCCUGAGUGAAGAUGUACCUGGAGAAUAAGAGUAAUAUUGAGGUGGAGAUGUCUCAAACCGGAGGCCAGGGUCACUCCAGCAGGGUAGGCCGCCGAAAGUCAGACUCUGUGUCUGGAAACUUUGAUGAGCUUCGCCUGCUGGAGGGAUUCUCCGGAAAAAAAGAAACACAGAAAUUACUGCAGGCUGCAGCCAUGCCCUCGGGACACUGCAUCAUCUACACCGACGUCCAUCAGGAGGACAGGCACAGCUUCAACAUGGUAAACCUCCUCAAUGGCAAAUCCAACCAAGCAAACCACACAGAGCGGACACCACUUCUCAAGUUCUCCCAAAAUGAUAGUAUCACCUACAUGACUCUGCAUGAGCCCAGUCUGGGGUCUGGAGAGGAAUCGUGGGAGGCGAGCUCUGCUGAACUGGAGAGAAGGUGCAGGCUGGGCAGUGAGGUCACCAGUCUCUCACACAUUACAUCCCCGGAGAAGAGUGAAAAUUACUUCAAACUCUCUUUUCCCAUCAGAUAUUGCCUAGGGAUGACAAGACUCAUCACCAUCUUCGUUAUUGUCGUUCUGUGUUCACUGUUUUUCAGCAUGUAUCCCGACCGGGAGAGCCCCUGGAGGAUGCUGGCGGUCUCAUCCACCGAGAGCUUCUCCAUGAAUCUUACUGAUUUUCGUGACAACUCCUUGCUGAAGUUGCAAGUCGGUGGGCCAUUUUUGGGAGGGAUGGAGGCUGUGCAAGAGUCCCAGGAGUAUAUUCUCAUCCAGGUGGAGCAGACUGAGGAGGCCGGGCCUCGCCGGAGAAGAACUCAGCAGGUGCUGUAUAAUUGGACCAUACCACUGCACUCCCAGCGAAGUGACCAAAUUCUGAGAACAAGGACAUUUGAAAUGGUUAGCAGCGCUCCUAUUCAAAUCAGCGUUCAGGCCUUUCUGCUGGACAAUCAGGUAGUUCCUCUGUCCAUGACUAACCAGUCGCUGUACGUGACGGUGGAAACACAGGUGCUCAUCGCUGGUCUGAUCCUGGCAGGAGUCUACGUGCUUAUUAUCUUUGAGAUUGUUCACCGCACUCUGGCUGCAAUGUUAGGAUCCCUGUCUGCUCUGGCAGCUCUGGCUUUCAUUGGAGAUAGGCCGAGUCUUAUGACUGUUGUGGAAUGGAUUGACUACGAGACGCUUGCCUUGCUAUUUGGAAUGAUGAUACUGGUGGCAAUAUUCUCGGAGACUGGUUUCUUUGAUUACUGUGCGGUAAAGGCCUAUCAGUUAUCACGAGGAAGAGUUUGGCCCAUGAUUAUUAUUCUCUGCUUAAUUGCUGCCAUUCUGUCUGCCUUCCUUGAUAAUGUGACAACUAUGAUGCUCUUCACCCCUGUGACUAUAAGGCUUUGUGAGGUGCUUAAUCUGGACCCCAGGCAGGUCCUGAUUGCAGAAGUAAUCUUCACCAACAUCGGAGGAGCUGCCACUGCUGUCGGAGAUCCUCCCAAUGUCAUCAUCGUAUCCAACCAGGAUCUCCGUAAAAAAGGGAUUGACUUUGCGGCCUUUACGGGUUACAUGUUCCUGGGAAUCUGCCUGGUGCUGCUGACCUCGUUUCCCUUUUUGAGGUUGCUGUUCUGGAAUAAGAAACUUUACAACAAGGAAUCAAGUGAAAUCGUGGAGCUGAAGCAUGAGAUUCUGGUGUGGAGGCAGACAGCCCAUCGCAUUAACCCUGCCAGCCGAGAGGAGACCGCCGUCAAGUGUCUUCUCAUGCAGAAGGUGCUCAAUCUGGAAAGCCUCCUGCGCAAGAAGCUCAAGACCUUCCAGAGGCAGAUUUCGCAGGAAGACAAAAACUGGGAGCACAAUAUUCAAGAGCUGCAGAAAAAGCACAGAAUAACAGACAAAGUCCUCUUGGUGAAGUGCUUGACUGUCCUCGGUGUGGUCAUUUUCAUGUUCUUCCUGAACUCCUUUGUUCCUGCCAUACAUCUGGAUUUGGGUUGGAUCGCUAUCUUGGGGGCUCUGUGGUUACUGGUGCUUGCUGACAUUCAGGACUUUGAGAUCAUUCUUCAUAGAGUAGAAUGGGCCACGCUGUUGUUCUUCGCUGCUCUGUUUGUGCUCAUGGAGGCUCUCGCUCAGCUGCAGCUCAUCGACUACAUUGGGGAGCAGACUGCAGUGUUGAUAAAAGCAGUGCCAGAGGAUGAACGGUUGGCCAUCGCCAUCAUUUUGGUAUUGUGGGUUUCAGCGCUGGCGUCCUCUCUAAUAGACAACAUUCCCUUCACUGCCACUAUGAUUCCAGUACUCAUAAAUCUCAGUCAAGAUGCCGAUGUCAACUUGCCAAUCAAACCUCUCAUAUUUGCAUUGGCUAUGGGAGCAUGCCUUGGAGGAAAUGGUACACUGAUUGGAGCAUCUGCAAACGUGGUGUGUGCUGGGAUUGCUGAACAGCACGGCUAUGGAUUUUCCUUCAUGGAGUUCUUCAGGUUGGGCUUCCCUAUGAUGCUUAUGACCUGCACAAUAGGCAUGUGUUACCUGCUCGCAACCCACAUCGGACUUCACUGGAACACAUAAACUUACCCACCACAUGGGGAACCAAAAAGACUUCUGAGUUUGUGUGAGGAUGUCAAAUCUUGUUUGAAUUCUGUUCUUCUGGGACGGAUACACAAAGAGCUAAACUUCGUAGACCUGGUUCGUCCUGAGAGACUAAGCUUUACAUGCAGGAGAGGUACAGAGAAGAUAAACCAUGGGAACAUCUGAUCAUCUGCUGUAUUCCUACACGUGUAUCACACUGCUAUGGUGCUACUGUUAUAUUACAAAUGUGGAGUUUUUUUUUUUUUUUUUUGCCAAACCUGUUUGUAUUUUCCACAACAACUUAACCAGAAUGUAUUUUUAAUGCAGAUAUCUGCUUACAAUAUAUUAUUUAUUGAUGCAGAAUGUGGAUUGAAACAUUUUCUUUUCGUUUAUUCUUUUGAGGCAUUUCUAGAAAUGGAUCCUCUAUGGGCCAUAAUUUUAUAUUGGCCAAAUAUAUCAUUUAUAUAAUUCACCUUGCUGAGAUUAUUAAAUUGGGUAACAAGUACCAAUACUUGCUCAUAACUAAUGGCUUAUUACCUGCUUAUUAAUAAGACAUUGCCUGUUUAUUAGUAUUUAUAAAAAACAUAUUCAACAUAAUCAUAUUUCACAACCCUAGUCCUACUACACAUUGCCUAAUCCUAACUAUUACCUAAUAACACAUUCAGUAUUAAUCCACACAGUGGCAAAAAAUUUUACUAUUUUGAAAAUUGACCGCGCAGCUCGUGUUAAGAACGGCUGAUGGUAGCCAUAGCAAGGCAAACAGCAGAGGAUCGCCAGCUCAGAAACGCAUUUAAAUUAAUAAAGGAAGAAGCACGCAUUGCGUUUUUAACGUGGUUUUGGACGCGUAUCCAUACAGAUUUAACCUGAGAGAUACAAUACAAGCACUGAUCUAUAAUAAAUACGUGAUUACAAGCCACAAAUAAACACAUAUUUUGCAAACUACACCAAACGAGGCAACAAUUUUAAUGAAGCUGACAUGUUAUGAUCCGAAGGAUGGAGAAACUGGUCCAAUUGAACUGUAAAUGUUACUGACAAAGUCACUGUCAAAGUCUGACAAAGUCCCAUAGUCUCUGCUACUUCUUUAAUAGCAAAUUGCCUGCGAAUCCCGCGUUGCAGCAUAGGUUAUUGUAUAAAAAUAUCUGAAAAAUUACAGGAACAAACACAGCACUAGGUUAGCUAUACUGUGGUGUUGUUGUGAAAAAUGAACUUUAACCCCCCGCAGCCAGGGUUGGUGCGUCCACAGAGGGGACCCAGGCAGCCACCUGGGUGGCAGAAUAGAGAGAGGGCAUCUGCGACAUCUCACUUUCCCUUGUGAUAAUACCGUUAUAUACCGAUAAUACUGUGAUAAUACCCCCCCCGCCCCAGUUUUUGCUGUCGUACGCGUAAUCCCCGUCUCUCGAUUUCACUUUCAGUUUAAGGGCAGCAUGAUCAUCUUUUGCCUAGAGCACCAGUUCAGUUUGCUCCCGCCCUACCCGCAGCCGAAUCUCUGUUACUGAUCUGUCAUCUUCGCGUCAUGAUCAGUCCUGUGAUCCCCCGCACCACUGCUAAUGUGUGGAGGGAAAGCGCGUGCACAUUUUAACGAAACUGGAAGUACAUAUUUGGAAAUGUACCUUAUCGACGACGAUGCGAUCCAACAAAAGAUCCGAACCCAACUCGAUUCGUUUAUUCUACUCUGAGUCAAAUAUUUCUCUAAAGAAUCAAUAGUUUUAAACUUGCUGCCCUUUUAGAUUUAAACCUCAGCUGGAUGUUUUCAUUCCCUUAGAGUUGUGUUACACACUUCAUGGAAGCUUAUUUUCAAAAACCCAUAAUAGCUUUUUUUUUUUAAAUGGGAUUAGUCAUGCCUUGCAAUGCACCUUAUAAUAACAUUUAUGCUGUACUGUAAAUAACUGUAACCAUUGAUUAUAAUGCAUACUUAUUUAUUGUUAUACUUACUAAUGCAUUAAUCGUAUUACAUAUAUAUUACAAAUAACAAUGUGUUUAAUGCUCCUGGAAGUUGAAUAGGUAAGUAUUAAUUGUGGUUACUGUUAUUUAAAGUACAACAUGGAUGUGAAAACCUUUAAUAAAUGAAGGCCUCUACAAUAUCAUGCCGUUUGUUGAAACAUGACGCAUAGUGUAAAAAAUGUUGCCUUGCUUUUUAUUUCAGCACUGUGUUCAGUCACUGUUUGUGUGCAUCAAGAAGAAAACCCUGCAUCUGAUUGCAGGGAAAGAGUUUAUGUAAUCAGUGAUGCAUUAGAGGGCCUGUGUUUUAAUCAGUUCAUUCCAUUUUUUAAUUUGGCCAUUCCAGCACUGACCUAAUUAAUCAUUUCUACCCAAAUCCUCAACCAGUAAUAUUAAUUAAAUCGGCUUUUUAAGUAAAUUACUAAAUGGCAGGAAUGUUUUUCCUAUUAUCUGUGUAUUAAGCCCAUAGAUGUUUUUUUAAGCAACCCAAAACUGAGGAUUUACUUACUAUUUACUCACCAUCGAGUGUUUCCAAACCUUUAUGGGUUUCUUUCUUCUGUUGAACA